ACACACGUGUAACAGAAGUGGGUGGGGCGGGAAACUGUAAACACCAACUGAGCUCCUCGGCUUACCUUCUGACUUGAUUUUUGACUUAGAUUAUUAGAACGCCAGAUGGUGGCUAAGAUCAGCAAAAAUGACCGGUUAGCGCCAGAAACUUGAAACGCAAAAUGCGAUGCUAUCUUCACGCAUUUCUCCUCUGCACGGUCUUCACCUUCUGUUCACUGUUGUAUGUGUUCAGUCAACUAGCCUCCACCUUGGGGGACAGAGACGAGUGGAAUCUGAAAGAGCAGGGGAAACCCGACAGGAGCAGUCGAGACACCGUGCACCUUCUCAGGAAAAGGCCAGGACUGGCAGGCCUCCGUGACCGUGAAGAAGGGCUUGACAGGUGUAAAUCACUGUCAGUUUCUUACUGGAAUCCAUAUUGGAGACUGCCUGCUGAUGUUUGUGGAGUGAACUGCUUAUUGGAAUCUACUCUUAGAGAGAGGUCAGGCUCUGCAGUGAAUGAACAUAUUGAUGAGAGGAGUCACCUGGCUGUGGUGGCCUGUGGCCCCAGGCUAGAGGAGACUCUCACCAUGUUGAAGUCUGCUGUCCUCUUCAGCAAAAAACCUCUGCACUUUUACAUCUUUGCUGAGGAUAAUCUACAUGACAGCUUCAGAAGUUGUCUGGACUCCUGGCCCAGAACAGUUCAGAAAAGGUUUAAGUUCACCAUCUAUCCCAUCACUUUUCCCAAGGAGAAUGUGAAAGAGUGGAAAAAGCUCUUCAAACCUUGUGCUUCUCAGAGGCUCUUCCUGCCACUGAUCCUGAAGGAUGUGGAUUCUUUGCUCUAUGUGGACACAGAUAUCCUUUUCCUGCAGUCAGUAGAGGACAUUUGGACCCUACUUUCUCAGUUCAAUUCAAGCCACUUAGCUGCCAUGGCUCCAGAACAUGAGGAGCCACGCAUCGGAUGGUACAACCGUUUCGCCCGUCACCCUUAUUAUGGCAAAACAGGCAUCAACUCAGGUGUCAUGCUCAUGAACAUGACUCGCCUCAGGGAGAAACGUUUUAAGAAUGACAUGACCACAGUUGCACUGCGGUGGGAGGAAAUUCUGAUGCCUCUGCUCCAGAAGUAUAAACUCAAUAUCACCUGGGGUGACCAGGACCUUCUUAAUAUCAUAUUUCACCAUAACCCAGAGAGCCUAUAUGUGUUCCCCUGCCAGUGGAACUACCGUCCAGACCACUGUAUCUAUGGCAGCAACUGUCAACAGGCUGAAAAAGAGGGUGUCUUCAUUCUCCAUGGUAACAGGGGAGUGUACCAUGAUGACAAGCAGCCAGCAUUUCGAGCUAUUUAUGAAGCCAUCCAAAAGUACCCGUUUGGCGAGAACAUGGAGGCCUCACUGCUUUGGCCACUAGAAGCAUCGCUGCAGACAACCACACAUACCUACUGUGGAAGAGCCAGCCACCUGUUUACCAAGAGGUUAAAACAGAGUAUCAUGUCUGUUCAACAGGACAUCACACAAAGAAGACAAUCAGGUCACCACUUUAAUACUGCUCCAUGAAUAGAGUCUUAUGUCUCUCUGGAUGCAGAGUCUUGGAUAGGAGGCACUCCUGUGGAGUCAGUGAGCUGGAUGACUAACAGACUCGGGUCAACACUGAACCAUCAUCACAAAAUACAUAUCAAGACUCUGGAAAUGAGGAAAAGUAGUCUAUGGAGAAGUUUUUAUGUUUUUUUUUUUGAGUGAAGCCAAUUUUGGUACAUAUAGUAUCUGUCCAUUGAACACACAACCAGAUCACAAAUGCUUUCUCACCAUGGUGGAAAAUGUACUGAAUCCACUUUGCCCUGCAGAGAUUUUGGACUUCAUAGCUGACAAGAAGGACACUUAAUGUAUUUCAGACAACCAGUUGGUAUUAUUUUUUUUUGAUUUGAGGAAGAACCUACAAUCACUUUGUACAAUGGUCCAACAUCUUUGUGUCAAAAGAAACUUAAAUACGCUAUUCUUAAGAGUAUUUUAUUAGAGUUGUUUUAAUAUAAUUUUGCAUACAGGCUUUGUAUUUGUGUUUUUUGUCUAUGGGGUAUAUCAUAGAAAAGUGUUGUCAUUAUUUUUAGGUACUUGUUAGCUACAAAGGAAAAGCUAAAUUUUUUUUAUUGAACAAAAUAAGUUUUCAUAAUGAAUACUUUAAACCCGUAGAAUCUGAUCAGUAUUUCUUAUUGUAUAACAUCUGUGAUGGGAAGCACUUUUGAUGUUCAACAUGAGGCUAUCAUUUCAUAUACUCUGGUGUGGGACUUUUCAAAGCAUUGUUUACUGUACAUUGUAGUUGUAUUUAAGUCAUUUUAUUAACUUUAUCCAUAUCAGCACAUUUUUCUAUAACUGGAACAGUUUAUUAGAGAGCAGUUAGUUUCUAAUCAUGUUAGCUAGCAUCAUGAAUCUACUCCAAGACAGGUUUAUCAAACAUUUGCACUAUUGAUUGGAGAAUCUAACACUGUAAUUGAAGAUUGUAACAACACAAAAUCUGUGGUUUUAAUGGUUUACUGAAAAAAAGUAUAAAUAUUCAAAUAUAUGGGAAAUAAAUAUUUUAUAAACUUUCAACACUUUCAGAUGUUUAAAACAUUUUGAUGGUACCUAUGAUACAGUAUGUAGUAUCUCUAAAAUAUAUAGGCUUGCAAUGAGGUUGAAUUGAAAAUUUCAAAGCAUCUUAAAUGUGACACAUCUCUCCGUGACAUGGUUUGUUGCUUUAAAAGUAAAUAUACAGUAUUUUGAGCUGUAAAUAUACUUAAUAUUAAGAGAACAUCUUAAGGUAUUGCUGAAAAAUGAAGGAAUUACAACAAUUACGUGUUUGUAAUUAGGGCAAAUUAAUUCUGGCGUUAUGAAAUUAUUUUCAUACCGGACUGAAAUUCCUAAAGGUUUUAUUUGGAACACUCUUUUUUCAGUUUCUUCCAUGUGAUUUAGAAUUCUUAUUAAGACUUUGGCAUCAUCAUCAUGACCACUUUGCAUAAAAUUUACUUAUUGCCCACUCACUCCACACUAGGACUGAGUAUGAGCCAUGUCCUAGAAGGCGGCAGCACCAAGCUGAAAAUAAGAAAUCAAUGUGUGAGUGUGAAGACUUCAGAAAGUGUUGUAAGAUGGCAAAAAAGGAGCUGAUGUGUCUGGGUCAGAAGCCUGUGGCUCUUCAUUUCACAGGCAGAUUGACAGACGUGCCUGGAAUAGGCAAUAGGUCUGCAUGAUGAAUUUAAAAUGGUCUCGAUGCUAAGGAGUUGUUGGAUAUAUCCAUUUUUUUUCUUGUCAAGGAAUUGCAAAGUGUGCAGUGAGUGGGGAAAACAUUUUCAGUAUUUUAGGAAACAAUUUAAAGCUCAGUUUCAUGAUGUGAAGCCAAUAGAAUACUCACAGCAGAGUGACUCCAAAAGAUUUGCAUAUUAGUCAAUUAAUGGUUGUAUUGCAUUUAAAGCUAUUAGGCAUUAAAAGAGUUAAGGAUUUUGUUUUUUUCAUUGGUUAAGGUUGUGGUCAAAAUGGUGGAUCAUUCCAAACCUC